UGGAACUACACCGGCUGCGCCAACGAGCCGGCGAUGGGGCGCGCCCUCGACGGCGCCUCUACCGCGGGAAACAUGACGGCGCAGGCGUGUCUCGAUUACUGCACCAUGGCCGACUUUGGUCUCGCCGGUCUAGAAUAUGGCAACGAAUGCUUCUGCGGCAACACCCUGAAGGGCAACUCGACGUACGGCCAAACGGGCUGCGACCUUCCCUGCAGCGGCGACAGCUCGCAAGUCUGCGGCGGCGCGAACCGCUUGACGGUGUAUAGCAAUAGCGCGUUCGUCCCCCCCUCCAACGCGCCCAAAGUCGGGGUGUUCGCGCUGCAGGGCUGCUUUACCGAGGGCAAGACCGAGCGCUUGCUGUCGGGAUACUCCUUCGCCAGCGCGAACAUGACGGUCGACGUUUGCGUCGACACCUGCCAGAGCCUGGCGUACGUCUACGCCGGUGUCGAGUAUAGCACUGAGUGCUACUGCGCGGAUACUCUGAGUAAUCAGACCACCCAGGCACCCCCGAUGGACUGCGAGUUUAAGUGCGGCGGAAAUAAGAAGCAGUUCUGUGGUGGCGCUGAUCGCGUGCUGCUUUAUGCUAGGAACGAGACUGCGCCCACCCGUCGCCGCAGACUGAACAGGCUGCACUGAGAGGCUGCAGAGCUACCGUUCCUGGCACAGUGCACAUGGGCUCAUAGAAUGGGGAUGGCGAAU